AUGGCUCUCGUUAUGGAACCUAUUAGCAAGUGGACGCCCAAGCAGGUAGUGGAUUGGAUGAAAGGCCUUGAUGAUUGCCUCCAACAAUAUAUAAAAAAUUUUGAAAGAGAAAAGAUCAAUGGUGAACAGCUGCUACACAUCACUCAUCAAGAGCUUGAGGAACUGGGAGUCACUCGCAUUGGCCACCAAGAACUGAUACUGGAAGCAGUUGAUCUGCUGUGUGCAUUGAAUUAUGGUUUGGAGACCGAAAACCUGAGAACUCUGUCUCACAAGCUGAAUGCCUCAGCCAAAAAUCUUCAGAACUUUAUAACGGGUAGAAGGAGGAGUGGCCAUUACGAUGGCAGGGCCUCCAGACGACUGCCAAAUGAUUUUCUUACCUCUGUAGUUGACCUGAUUGGUGCUGCCAAGAACUUACUAGCCUGGCUGGACAGGUCUCCAUUUGUCAGCGUGACAGAAUACUCACUGCUGAAAAACAACAUUGUUCAACUGUGCCUGGAACUAACAACCAUUGUGCAACAGGAUUGUACAGUGUACGAAACAGAAAAUAAAAUUCUUCAUGUGUGUAAAACCUUGUCUGGGAUUUGUGACCACAUCAUUUCGCUCUCAUCUGAUUCUCUGGUGUCACAGUCAGCCCAUCUUGAGGUAGUUCAUCUCACCAGCAUUAUGCCCAGUGAGGGUUUGGGAAUGUAUAUCAAAUCAACAUAUGAUGGACUACAUGUAAUCACAGGAACAACUGAAAAUUCUCCUGCUGACCAGUGUAAGAAAAUCCAUGCUGGUGAUGAGGUGAUCCAGGUCAAUCACCAAACCGUGGUUGGCUGGCAGUUAAAGAACCUAGUAAAUGCAUUGCGGGAAGACCCAAAUGGAGUGAUUUUAACCUUGAAAAAACGUCCUCAGAAUACCCUGGUUUCUGCUCCUGCCCUUCUGAAGAAUGUGAGGUGGAAGCCUCUUGCACUUCAGCCUGUAAUUCCAACCAGUCCAACAAGCAGCUCUACAACACCAACAAGUACAAUGGGCAUAUCUUCAAAAAUGGAGAACUCUGCACUUCAGGAUGUUUUCAUUCUGUCUCCUAUGUCAGGACUUUAUGGCCCCAGGGAUGACAUUGGAAUAAUGUCUUGUGAUGACAUCAGCAAAUUUGGAAAGUCUGGAAUGAAAGGCUCUGAGACUCCAAGCUAUUUUCUGGAGCAUGAAAGUGGGAAAUACUACACCUUAAUUGAAGGUGAAGGCCACCCUGCGGGCUCUGAGUAUGAGAGAAGCAGAGCUACAGGAGUGCGGAGAAGAGAAAAAACACCUACUCACGGAGAUUUAAGGCCUGUUUCUAUGCCUACUGAGUACAGUUGGAUAGGGGAGUCAAAAGAACAAAACCUGUACAAGAGGGAUAGCAGAGAUGAAAAUUCACUCCUGCGGUAUCUGAGUGACGACAAGAUACUGGUUAUCCAAGAAGAACCUUUGACACAAAAAGACAACAAAAGGGACACAGGCCAUAGGUCAAGAAAAAAGGGCAAAAACACAAGCAGUCCAAACUACCCUAUUAGUCCAUCUGUGUUGACAUCUACUAUUAAUGUUAGGCUUGAACCUGGACAGCAAGAUAUCUUGAAUUUCUCACUAGCGGAAAAUAAUACAGUUCCACUUUAUCACUCAUUCCAUUACGCUUCCCUCAGGGUAAAAAGCAGAAAAUGGUCAAAAGGGAGCUCUCUAACGGGUGGGAGCAGAAGACGGAUUUCCUGCAAAGACUUGGGGCACGGAGACUGUGAAGGCUGGCUAUGGAAGAAAAAGGAUGCCAAAGGCUAUUUCACGCAGAAAUGGAAAAAGUACUGGUUUAUUUUGAAGGAUUCAUCCUUGUACUGGUACACAAACCAGAAUGAUGAAAAAGCAGAAGGAUUCAUUAGUUUACCUGAGUUCCGGAUAGAUAGAGCCAUCGAAUGCAGAAGGAAACAUGCCUUCAAAGCAUGCCACCCCAAAAUAAAGAGCUUCUACUUUGCAACAGACUGCCUUGAAGAAAUGAAUAGAUGGAUGAAUCGUCUGGGUCUCGCAGCGAUUGGUUACACACCUGAUGACAAGGAUAUUCGUCCAGAUGAAGAUUACUGGAGUGAAAGCGACCAGGAUGACAUCGACGGCUCUUUAACCCUGAAGCAGGAAGGCUCUUCAACACUGUGUGACACCUAUCACCGAACCCCCUCAGUGAAUUCUUCAAGUCCAUUCCCUGAAGCCAAACACGGUCGACACUUUUCAAGUGAAUCAACAUACUCCCAUUCUUCCGCCGAGGAUUCUCGACAAGACGUAGCAGGAAGCACACACUCGUCAGGAUGCAGACCUCCCUACCGAGAAAGACGCUCAUGGCAGGAUCUGAUAGAGACUCCAUUAACCAGUUCAGGGCUCCAUUUUCUUCAGACUGUUCCUCCUGAUGCAGAGUACAUGAGUGGGCGGCCUGGAAUGUCACCGGACAAACGAAGACAAGCAACGCUGCCAGUACAGAGACGUCAUAAUUACGAGCAGGAUGGGCCUUUCCCUUUGGUGGAAUGUCAAAGGGGACAUAGCUCUUACAGCAGGCCACAGAAACAACGUAGUCAAAGCCUUCCCCGAAACAGAGAUGUCAGGGGUAAGGGACGUGUCAAGUCCAUAGAAGGAACAGACGACAAGCUAGAAGAGAAAGUUCCUAUUAGAAGGCAUAAUAGUUUCUGUGCAGAAGAAAACAUAAAAGAAAUUGGAGAAAAUACAGAUGGUCUGCAAGAACUGUACAAAUCUCUGGAACAAGCUAGUUUGUCAGCUUUUGGAGAGCAGCGUCCUUCCACCAAGCAGGAGUUCCGCAAGUCUUUUAUAAAGCGAUGUAAUGAUCCGGUUAUCAAUGAAAAGCUUCACCACAUCAGAGUUCUCAAGAGCACUUUAAAAGCGAAGGAAGGGGACCUCACAGUUAUCAACAGCCUUCUGGAUGAUCCCAGCUUAACAUCAAAGAAGUUUAAAGAUUGGAAACUAAAGAACUAUGAGUUUUUCCUGGACAUUUGUGAGUACAGCGCUGCUGUGAAAUCCCAAAAUGGAGCCUCUGAACUUGCAACCUCAGCACCAAUGCUGACACAUACACACUCAUUCAUUGAAACUCACGUGUGACAGGACUCGUAUCCCGAGUAAUUGCUGGGUGCCAUGAAAAAUCAAAUAAGACAAACACUGUAAUAUUUAUUGAUAAUGUACUCAGCAGUACUGUAAAUAAGUUGGAUAAAAGAAUAGUGCCACAGGAUGCCUACUACAUUGCAUGAUAAGACAAUAAUAUUCUUUAUGAAUUUUUUUUGUUUGCUGUUAUCAACCGAUGUCCGUAUCAAGCUCUGCAUUAGAAAGAAGCAGUGCAGAAGUGUAGCUGAAAAUAAAUACCAGUAUAUUUAAAGUACUGUACUAAAACUAAGCUUAUAGUAUGAGCUCCUACAAUCAUUUUAUAUAUUUAGAUAUAUAUAAAGACAUAUCUAUGUAUAUAAAAUGUAACACGGUAGUUGACUUUUACUUUUAAAAUGCCCUAAAGUUCACAUUUUCACACACUUUUUCUUGAGAAAAAUAUAAAAUGAAAACAUAAAUACAUUGGCCGCUCUUAGAGAUGAACGUUUAUUUUUGCAACAUUUCCAGGUAGUGACCAUCUUUGCAAAUAAAAGGACAGAGUUAUCAAAAUGUAAACUCAAUCCCUAUAGUGUGCCUUAAAAUGUACACUGUACAUCUAGCAAAUAGAUCCCAAUCUGGCCCUAUGGGCAUACUGUA